GAGACAUGGUCCCUAAGACCAUAGCAGGAAAGGUCUUUGGCUCCAUCUGUUCUCUCAGUGGGGUGCUGGUCAUCGCUCUGCCUGUUCCCGUCAUUGUUUCCAACUUCAGCCGCAUCUACCAUCAGAACCAGAGAGCUGACAAGCGUCGGGCUCAGAAAGUUCAGAAAGCCCGACUGGCCCGAAUGAGAAUUUCCAAGUGUGGCAGCUCUAGCGCCUUCCUGCAUAGCAAACGAAAUGGGCUCAACCAAUCACUGGAGCUAACGGGCUCCUUGGAGGAGGACCAACAACUGAAGAAGACCACAUCUCUGCUGGAGAGUCAACAUCACCAUCUUCUGCACUGCCUGGAGAAGACCACGAAUCAUGAGUUUGUGGAUGAGCGGCUGUAUGAACAGGGGUACCUGCAGACAGCACUACAGAACUUCCCAUCGCAGAGUCCAUCUCUCUCCAGUGAAGAGGGCAUCACUGGCACCUGCUGCUCUCGGAGAACCAAGAAGAACAUGCAGCCUCUCAGUGCCACACACACACACAACCUGCAGGAGCUCAGCGCAUUACACAUCCAGUGUGGGGAACAGCAACCACUAAACACCAGUCGUUCCAGUCUCAAUCUGAUGUCAGAUGAAUCAGGGAGUCUGAACUGCAAGAGCAGUGGACUGGUUACCACGGCAAUCAUCAGUAUCCCAACCCCUCCCUCAAACAACUCCCGAGCCAGUCCCGACGCUCCGCCCCCUCCCAACCCAGACGCUCCGCCUCUUCCGAACCCUGGCACUGAUGUGGUGAAAAUCUCUGCGCUGUAGGAGAAAACAGAACUCAGGAAGAGAAACUGAUGAGUAGCCUGCCCCCUAGUGGGAGAAGGAGUGCACUGACUCAGACUCUCUGAAAAGAAAUAGAAGAUCAACAACGAUGCCUCUGUGUAAAUGAGAGAGAGACGGCGAAAGCAAAGCAGGACAACCAUGAGUAUUCGAUCACUCUGCAUCAGGACUGAUAUAGAUGAGGGUGUCACUGCAGUGUCACUGUGCAUAAAACAUUUCUUCUUCUUUUACCUCUUAGUUUUCUGUUGGGUCAUAGCCUACUGUUUUUUUAAUUGAUUACAGAUGGAGACAAGAGGUCAAGCGUUUGCUUUCAUCCGUGAGUCUUGUUUGUUUAAUAUCAGUCCGUUAAUCUGUUCCAACAUCGCAGACAGCCUCUCAAAGCCUCGGCUUUCUUUAUCCCAAUUAAGUUGUGAUUUGAUCUAGAGUAAUUCCUAAAGGAUAAGAGAAAAUCUGCUUUAGGUUUGAGGGAGACCGUAUGAGUGUGACAGCGUUUCUUAGACUGUGCUAAGUUUUUAUUUUUGGAAUAUGUGUGAUUGGUCAGAAUUAGGUCUAACUUGAAUGUUUCUGCCCCGUGUGUGUGUGUGUGUGCGUGUGUGUAAGAAUUACUGAAUUGUCCCUCAAACUCUCAGCCUCUCACACAGUUCGUGCCUCUCAGGGGGAGGAGAGUUUCCUUCUUCUUUAAGCCACUGUCUCUCCCCGAGUCCAAAACGUUGAGCCGACUUUGUAACGUUAGUUGUGACCUAUCAGACAUUACUAUGUAAUAUA